AUGACCUGUAAACGACAGGCUUAACCAUGAUUCUUCAAAAUUAAGACCACUUGAUCCUAGGACCAAAAAACCCAACAUCUGAUGCAGGCACAAAUGCUUCACAGAUCCCUUUUAUAAAUGAUUGUAACAUGUCUGAAGUGAUUCCAUAGUUUCUCCUUUUAAACCCCAAAAUUUCCAGCUUUUUCCACAGAUCAGCGAUGGGAGACAACAUGGAACCACUGGUGCAUCGAACUAAUAAGUUGGCAAGAUCCAUUUCUCACGCACAAGACGAGUUGCACAGCUUCAGAACAUACCUAAGAUGGAUGUGCGUCGACCAAUCCAACAUAUGGAUGGCUUGUCUGUCUUGGUUCAUGUUCAUCGUGUUCGGUCUCGUUGUUCCCUGUGUGUCCCAUUUUUUGUUAGCUUGUCCCAGUUGUGACGCUACGCAUGCAAGGCCCUAUGAUUGGGUGGUUCAGCUGUCUUUCAGCAGCGUUUCGGCAUUGUCUUUCGUUUGCUUGACGAGGUUCGUGAAGAAAUAUGGUCUGAGGAGGUUCUUGUUCUUUGAUAAGCUCUGUGAUGAAAGUGAAACUGUUAGGAAAUGCUACACUGUUCAGCUCAAUAAAUCACUGAAGAUGGUGUCGAUUUUUGUCUUCCCAUGUUUCAUAGCUGAGACAGCAUACAAAGUAUGGUGGUACGCCUCUGGUGCAUCCCAAGUCCCUUUCUUAGGCGUUGUGUGGUUGAGUGACGCUGUAGCCUGUUUCAUGGAGUUGUGCUCCUGGCUCUACCGCACCACCGUCUUCUUCCUCAUUUGUGUCCUGUUCCAACUCAUCUGCAACCUCCAAGUUCUCCGGCUCCACGAUUUUGCUCAGGUUUUCCAUGUUGAUUCAGAUGUCGGUUCGGUCUUGGCCGAACACCUUAGGAUCAGGCGGCACUUGAAGAUCAUCAGCCAUAGAUAUCGCACAUUCAUAUUAUGGUGCCUCAUUUUGGUCACAGGCAGCCAAUUCACUUCAUUGCUUAUCACUACAAAGGCUGAUUCUGAUCUGAAUAUUUAUAAAACCGGAGAACUUGCCAUGUGUUCUAUAACUCUGCUAACGGGACUCUGCAUAUUAUUACGAAGUGCAACAAAGAUUACACACAAAGCACAAGCGGUCACCUGCCUUGCUUCAAAGUGGCAUGUCUGUGCAACACUAGACUCAUUCGAUGCGAACGACGGUGAGACCCCGAGGACUCCGGCCAUCCACGGCCAGCAAGCGCUUCCUGUUGUGGGUACAGACGGUGAAUCUGACGGCGAGGAUGCCGGCGAUGAAGAAGAUGACUUGGAUAACAGCAAGCUGAUCCCUGCUUAUGCUUAUAGUACCAUCUCAUACCAAAAGAGACAAGCUCUAGUGACGUAUUUCGAGAACAAUCGAGCUGGGAUUACAGUGUAUGGGUUCAUGUUGGAUAGGAGCACUCUUGACACCAUUUUUGGGAUCGAAUUCUCUCUUGUUCUUUGGUUGCUUGGAAAAACCGUUGGUAUUUCCUGAUUUUCAUUCCCCAAAUCUUUUCAUUUUGUAAC